AUGCUGGAAGAGCCAAUGCGUCACUGGGCCACAAAUUUGGUUUCGACGGCACCCUGCCUCGACCAAAACUUGCUCAGGGUUCUUGGGUGCAAAGAGCGCGGCCACAAGUCACAGGGCCCGCUCGUCCAUGCGACCGGCAAAGGCUGGGUCAAAGAGCACAAGGGACAGUACUACGACGCGCUCCAUAGAAUCAUCCACAACUUCGCCAAAGAGGUCGGCAGCCCGAGUGCCGUCGACCGCACCGACUACGGCACAGCCUCCGGCAGCGCCCGGGGCUUCGCCCAGCACCACUCGCAACAGCUCUCGCGCGCCGCCGUCUGUGGCGACGCGCAGAACAUCAACAACGCUGCUCGCAACAUGCGUGUCGCGCACUCAUUCAUGACCGGCUGGGGCUAA